CGCAAAUCCGAAGGCCCCAAGCUUGGGCGCAUCGUGGCCAAGGACCUGCGAAAACAAACCACUCACUGCUUCGGCAAGCAACCACCUCGCCCGGAGGUGUCACCACUCGACCUCGAGCUUCCGGGAAAGAAGCUCACCGAUGAGGGUUGCCUCGCUAUGGUCGAGGCUCUGGCACAAACACUGGAAAUGCGCGACGGCGUAUCGGCCAACAAACUCCAAUCUCUCAACCUGUCCGGCAAUGAGCUGACGACGGUCUCGCUUCAAGCUCUUGCUGCGAUCAUCAAGCUGGCUGCUUUCGACCUCACUGAUCUGGAUUUGUCAAACAACAAGAUCACCGUCAAGACAAACAAGGAGGCCGAGGAGUGGGAGGCUUUCCUACAAUCGUUCAGCGAGUGCCGUGUGCUUCGUCGGAUUGUGUUCAGCGGCAACGACCUGAGUGGGUCACGCCCUUUUGAGAUACUCACCCGUGUCUAUGCGAAACAGAUGCCGGUGGACCCCACAGAGUUGGAGGAUACCCAGGAACACUCAGAAUCCGAUGAUGCUCUUGAAGACAUCACCAACCAGACGCGCAGCGUCAACAUCGAUGUUGCCCGGGAAGAGCCUAAGAUGACGGCAUCAUUGUCCGACGCUACGUUUCUGAAGCGUAGACAGGGCUUGAGAGCGGUGCCUUAUAUGGUUUUCGACGAUGCGAAUAUGACGGAUUCGGGUGCCCUCUACCUCUCCUACAUUUUAGCAAUGCACUACCCACCGCAGUACCUCAUGUGUCCUCUGAGGGCCGGUCCUCAGGCAACUCAACUAGACGAAUACAACCAGAGGAAUCACUGCUGGGGUAUUGUGUACCUGCCUAACACUGGGUUUACGGAGGUCGGUCAAAGUGUCCUUUCACUUGCGGAAGAUGCUCGUGCGGAUUUUGCUGGUGUGGAACCGGAUCUCGACCAGGGAAAAGUCAACGCUUCCUCGGAGUCCUUCCAGUUCGUUAACGCCAAGCAAGGUGGCUCUGAUAUCUCCCAAAACUACACUGAUCCAACGAAGAAGCACUCGCCCAACAUGGACAUCGAUAACUACCGUAAAAAAAUACAACGUGCCAUUAUCGGAGAUGUGGGCUAUGACAGCGUUGAUAUGUGGCGCAUGGCACUCACGAUGUUAGCAUAUGCUCGCGUUGUCAUGCUAGGAAAGGAGCCAGACGAGGACUCUCUUCUCCCCGGGGUCACCAGUCACGAUCCAGUCCAUGCAUACGCCUCAAAGAUGAUGGCCACGACUACCGUCCCAGGAGAACCAAUCCUGGCUAUCACCGGCGUAUCUGACAAGCCGUCGGCUCCGCAAGUGAUCGACUACACCUCACUUCCUCGAGCUAGCGGGCAUCCCAACAAGCCCUCUCCUCCGUCAGACCACUGGAAGGAUUACCCGCAAACGUCCAAUGUGUCGUCGGUCAUCGAGGCGGACAAUCGUGAUUCAGGCCUUUCCGGCGACCUCCCGGAGGCCCUAUGGCAGCAGAUCUUGGCAGAAGCUACUGGCUGUCAAGGGGUCUUAAGUGAUGUUCAGCAAAAGAACAUCAUUCGUUAUGCUCGCGAUCCUGCGACGACUGCCUUCGAGCAGCAAGGCAAGAGCAAGCCGGAGAGCGCGCAGUUGCUGCUCAUACUGGACGCUAUGGGCUGCCUAGAGUACAAGCUGGAUUCCUGA